UGGUUUAUGUGAGGCAAUCAGAUCAGGUAAAAUUGAUUUUUGUAUUCGCAAGCAGGAAAAUGCACACUCAAGAUUUGCUUGAUUAAAAGCUCUGGUGUUUAGCAAUGGAAAGCCCACAAACAAACUUCCAUCUAGGUCUAGGCUCAGACCAAAAAAGGACUGGGAUCCAAGAGGAUGGGAGCCCUCCAAUAAAAAAAGUAAUGACGGAAAUGCAUGUAAAUAGCAAAGUAAGAGUUGUAAUAAAUAAAUUGCCAACGAUAAAGAAGGAAAACUUGGAUGAAUAUGAUGGAACUUCUGUGGAGGCUGAUGGGGAAAUCGCCAAGCCAAAUAAUACUGCGAUAUCCGAGCCUUUGAAUUUAAAUCCAGGUUUGAAGCACACGCUGGCACAGUUCCACUUAAGCAGCCAGAGUUCGCUGGGUGGACCGGCAGCUUUUUCAGCUCGUUAUUCCCAGGAAAGUAUGUCACCCACUGUCUUCCUGCCUCUCCCAUCACCACAAAUACUUUCUGGUCCGCUGCUCAUUCCCCCUGACAGCUCCACUGAACUCACUCAGACUCUAUUGGAGGGGGAAUCUAUUUCUUGUUUUAAGGUUGGAGGAGAAAAGAGACUCUGCCUGCCUCAAGUUUUGAAUUCAGUGCUGCGAGACUUCUCACUGCAGCAGAUUAAUACCGUGUGUGACGAGCUGUAUAUUUACUGCUCGAGGUGCACGUCCGACCAGCUUCACAUCCUGAAGGUCUUGGGAAUCCUUCCGUUCAACGCUCCGUCCUGCGGGCUGAUCACGCUGACCGAUGCUCAGAGGCUCUGCAACGCCUUGCUGCGUCCACGCACUUUUCCUCCAAACGGCAGCUUUCUGCCCGCUAAGAACACGCUGGCCCAGCUGAAGGAGUCUGGCAGUGCCUUUGAAGUAGAGCACGAGUGUUUGGGCAAGUGCCAGGGGCUGUUUGCACCUCAGUUCUACCUGCAGCCGGAUGAUCCGUGUAUCCAGUGCUUGGAGUGCUACGGCAUGUUUUCACCGCAGACGUUCGUGAUGCAUUCGCAUAGAUCCCCCGAUAAAAGGACCUGCCACUGGGGUUUUGAGUCGGCCAAGUGGCACUGCUACCUUCACAUUAACCAGAAAUACUUGGGAACGUCGGAGGAGAGGGAGCUGAAGCAUCUCUUGGAGGAAAUGAAGGAGAAAUUUAGUGAGAAAAAUCAGAAGAGGACUCGGUCCAAACUGGAUUCACAACAAAAUCUAGAGCUGUCGCAGUGGUAUCCAGUAAUAAAGCAAGAAGCAGAAACUGCUACUCAACCACCCUCCUUUGUCCAUCCCAGUUACUACUUUUAUAUGUGUGAUAAAGUGGUUGCCCCGAAUGUGUCUCUUGCAUCACAAUAUAAAGAAGUUGCAAAACCAGCAGUUAGAGCAGAAGUAAUUAAAUCCUCAUCUGGACAGCCUGAGAAACAGCUCAGUAGUGGAAAACACAAAAGAGCUGCUUCCUAUCCCGAGCUUUCCCUUGAAGAACAGGAAAAGGUUGACUUGAAAACUGGCAUGGAGCAGCAUAAACGUUUAGAUCCACCUAUAUCCACUAAUUCUGCAAGAGAAAGCAAAUCCGAACGUAUUUCUUCCAAAAGUACUAGGCACUCAAGCCGUGGUGAAGUCCGUAAUCGUGUACGAACCUUGUCUCCAACUCUCAUGAAGGACAUCAGUUGUGAAGAUGACAAGGGAAAAAUCAUGGAAGAAGUAAUGAAAACCUACAUUAAACAGCAAGAAAAAUUAAAUACCAUUUUGCAGAGGAAACAACAGCUUCAAAUGGAGGUUGAGAUGUUAAAUAACUCUAGAACGAUGAAGGAGCUGACUGAAGAGCAGCAGAAUUUACAAAAAGAACUUGAAUGUUUGCAGACUGAGCAUGCUCAAAGAAUGGAAGAAUUUUAUUUUGAGCAGAGAGACCUGGAGAAGAAACUGGACCAAGUGAUGAAACAAAAGUGUGCCUGUGACUCCAAUUUAGAAAAAGACAAAGAAGCUGAAUAUGCAGCACAGCUAGCAGAAUUGAGACAGAGGUUGGAUCAUGCAGAGGCAGAUAGACAAGAGCUUCAAGAUGAACUGAGACAAGAACGAGAGGCAAGAGAAAAGCUAGAGAUGAUGAUAAAGGAGUUGAAGCUUCAGAUCUUGAAAUCUUCAAAAAAUGGAAAAGGAAAAUAGAAGAUGGAAGAGGGAAACGUGACUCUGUCCUUCAAACAGGGUGUUUUGUGUUUUAAUGAAUUGUGAGCAAUUUCUCUUCGUUAAGAAAAAGUGUUCUUUACAGAUUUAUA